AUGUUGACAAGCGAAUAUUGGUCAACUCUGCAGAGACAUAGACUGUUGGUUGAUAGACAGAUGUCUACUUUUGAAAGAUUAUUCAAUAACUUUUUCACCUCUUCUAAUAAUAAUAAUCAAGUUGUCAACAACUCUAAUAACUCUCCUGCAAGAAACCCAGAUCUACCAAUCUUAAAACGAAAAUCUCUUAGUAGUAGCGGUAGUGAAGAUACAAUUGACAAUAUAGAACCUGAACAAGUUGUUGAUCAACAAUCUUCACCUCAUCGAAGAAAGCGAAACAAGCAUUACUAUCAACCGAUUGAAUUGCAUAAUAAUUUAUUAUCUAAUCCUUUAGUGUACUUUACAAAUAAAAAGGAACAAAUAACUAGUCUAUUUUCACUUGGUAGUGUUGCUAAAGUACUAUCGGGUUACUUACCAAACAAUCCCCUACCUUUAAUAUUCGAUUCAAAGAAUCAACAAGACGACCAACAACAACAACAAUCAUCACCACCACUAUCAAGGAGUAACAACAACACCAAUAAUAAUAAUAAUCCAUACACUACACCAAUUAAACGUCAUCACCACAAAAGACACAACAGAGAAAACAAGAAACCUAUUUUCAAAAAUACCUUUAAACCAACUAUUAUUGAUCAUAAUAAUACUAAUAAUAGAAAUAACCAACAUCAUAAUCAUCAACACCAACAACAAUUUCAACAACAACAAACAAGAGAAAGUGACCGUUUAUACUAUAGUGAUAGUAUAAAUAAUUAUUAUUAUAAACAUCAAGAACAACAACAACAACAACAACCAACAUUACCAAUACCAACAAAUACAAUUGAUCAAAGUAUACUAAAUUCAUUUAAAAGUUACCAACAAAAUACCAUGUCUGUAAAUAACAACAACAAUAAUAAUGAUGGUGAUGAUGACGACUCACAACAACAACCUGUAGAAUUAAAUGAUCAAAUGAAACAAUCAUCUGUUUAUAAACCAAAAUCGGGACAAUCAUUUGUUGAUAUUUUGAAAAAGGAACAACAAUCAAAAGAAUUUAAAGAAUCUAUAGAUCAAUUGGUUGAAUCAUAUACUGAAUCUUUAACUCUAAAUGAAGAUUUAUUUUCAAAAUCACUUCCACCACCACGACAACAAAAUUAUUUAUCAACAUCAUUAAAUAACAAUCAAACAUCAUUGAAUGGGUCACAAUAUAAACCAUCACCUCGAAAAUCAAUUUCAAAUCUAUCAACUUUACAACAACAACCAGAACAAAGUAUUGAUAGAUUCAAUUCACAAAUAGGAUCAAGUCAUUAUAAUCCAUUAUCAAUAGAUGAUUUAUCAAGUUCCUAUUCUUCAAUAUCAAAAUCAUCACAUUCCAACAGUGAUAAAAAUAAUAAUGGUCUAUACAAAUCUUCAAAUUUAAUAUCAAGUUUAAAACCAAUUAAUAGAGAAAUUGAAAGUAUUGGGGAUAAUGAAUUAUUUACAUCAAAGGUAAUAGAAGAAAAGAAACAAACAAGAGAUGAGGAGAUCAACCAAUUAUUAUCAAAACUACAAGCAAUGUCUGGGACUAGUAGCUAUAAAAUACUUAAACAAAUCGAAGAACGUCGUGAAAAGGAGAAACGUAUGAAACCAACAGCUCGUGAAUUAAACGACGACGAACAACAACUCUACUCUAAGAUUAUUUCAACGACAAAACGUGGCGAUGACAAGGUGGUUUGCGAAUUUGAUGAAACCAUCAAAUUGACGGGUAACGAUGUAAUUACAUUGAAACCAGGUGGUUGGCUCAACGAUGAGGUCAUCAAUUACUACCUCGAGUUGCUAAAGAAACGUCAGGUUGACUGUCCCGAUGAAACACUCAAAUGUCAUUUCUUUAAUACAUUUUUCUACGCUCUCAUGACCAACAAUAAGGGUGGCUACCAGUACCAACGUGUGCGUCGAUGGACCUCCAAGGUGGACAUUUUUUCAUUGGACAAGGUCGUCAUGCCCAUCCAUUUGGGUGCUCAUUGGUGUUUGGCAGUGGUCAACCUCAAGGAAAAGCGAUUCGAAUAUUACGACAGUUUGGGUGGCGACAAUUACACGUGUCUUGGUCAUCUCAAACAAUGGCUGACAGAUGAAAUGGUCGACAAAAAGAAAGAAGGGGUCAUCAACCUAUCGCAAUUUACAAUGCACAUUCCCAAAGACAUUCCACAUCAACUCAAUGGAUUCGAUUGUGGUGUAUUCACAUGUAAAUUUGCUGACCUUAGCUCAAGAGGAUUACCACUCAAUUUUACUCAAAAGGAUAUUACCCUAUUCCGUAAAUUAAUGGUUGUAGAAUGUUAUUAUAAAAAAUUAUCAAAUUAA